AUGGCUCCUACCGCCACCACCGUCGCUCCCAACGACGCCACCAACGUCGCUCCUACCGACGUCAAGGGUACCUCACGCAUCCAACCCGACCCUGAAGUCGUUCAGUACCCCAAAUUCGACAAAGACCCUGUCACACCCGAAGAGGUUUUCGCUCGCGCUGAACAAGUUUCUGAACUCCUCCACCAAGAUGAAGCCAUCCGUGACCGUGGCAACGUCGUCCCCUACCGUCAAGUUCAGCUCCUCAAAGAUGCCGGCCUGGUCACCAUCCUCGGUCCCAGAUCUGCCGGAGGAGCCGGUUUGACCUGGAAGGAAGCGUACCAAGUCAUCCGCAUCAUUGCUCGUGGCGAUGGCUCCCUCGGUCAACUCAUCGGCUACCACUAUCUCUGGUCUUGGACUGCUGCACUCGUCGGUACCGAAGAGCAGCGGGCCAAGUAUGAGGAGUGGAUCACCAAGAACAAGUACUUUGUCGGUGGUGCAGUUAAUCCCCGUGAUGCCGAUCUUAAGGUUCGUGAAGACGAGAAGAACCCCGACCAGCUGAUCUACAACGGCAAAAAGACUUUCUCGACGGGAAGCAAGAUCAGCGAUGUUACCAUUCUCGAGGGCUCUUUGCCUGAUGGUCAGCAUGUGUUUGCCGCUGUGCUAAGCAGACAGCCUGGUAUCCAGUAUGGCGAUGAAUGGGUCGACACCUUGGGUAUGCGUGGUACCCAAUCUGGCGGCAUUAGCAUCUCCAACGUUGUCGCCCCCUGGUCCGAUGUGCUAGGAUACGUCAACAAGCAAUUCCAACCCUUGGGUGCUUACAACACUCUCAACCUUCCCCAAAUCCAACUCGUCUUCACCUCUUUCUACCUUGGAAUUGCCGAAGGCGCACUCACCCGUGCCGCCGCUUACACAAAGGCAAACACCCGUGGAUGGCCCUACCAGCCCACACCUGUCGCUCGGGGCACCGACGAAGCCUACAUCCAAAUUGGUUACGGUGAUCUCCAAGCCAAACUCUGGGCUACCGCUUCGUUCAUCGAGAACGUAGUCAACGAAGCGAGCGAGAUUCUCCACACAAACCCCAGGCAGAAGAUCACGGAGGAACAGCGUGCUAAAUUUGCUGUCCGCGUAGCUGCCGCUAAGGUGAAUGCGGUUGAUGUGGGUCUAGCAAUCACGAGCCAGAUCUACGAACUGACCGGUGCUAGGGCUGUCGCUGGCAAGUAUGGUUUCGAUGUGGCGUUUAGGGAUCUGAGGACCCACUCGUUGCACGAUCCGAUUGCGCACAAGAGGGCCGAGGUGGGUAGGUUCACUCUGCAUGGUCCGGGUAAGGACGGAUGGCCUACUCCUACUUGGUAUACCUAA